UACCGACUUUGACACAUGCCGUUCGAAAAUAAUCAGCAACAUCAGCAACACAAUGACUGAUCGGGCUGCAGUGAACCAUGCUACAAUUGAACUUCUUGAAGAGACCUGGGGGACUAGAUUAAACGAGUUAAACUGCCACCUUCACCCCUUGGAUACUAUCGCCAGUUCCACAAGAACGACUCUCAAGGCGAACGAACCAGAGAUGAUGACGAAAUAACUUUUUGGAACUGAGUGUAUGGCAAGCCAGCUCGUACUUGCUAUCAACAAAUUCCGAUACAAGGAUGGUCGAGGUGAUCCAAAAGGGUUCACUAAUUUCUUGGACAAUGCUGGCCUUCCCAGGGGCCUUAUUCCACGUUAUAGGGGGAAUCGUCUCCAUAUCAUGUUCUUGAUUUGCGGUAGAUUGUUCCAGCAUAAGGACUUCUUCUUGAAGUUUUUUGAUGAGGGAACUGUGUCCUGUGGUUCUCUGCAAGGAGCAAUAUUCCAUGACUUUCAGUCACCUGUAGCAAGAGUGGAGAUCCAUGUUUUAGGACUUAUAGGUAAGUUACUCUCCAGCCCAUGGAUGUCAAUGUUCUACAAGUCGGACUCCACUCAAGUCAGUUACAUCGAUGGGAUCAGCAUCGUUAGAAAAGUGUCGAGUGUUGUAAAAACAUUCAGUGAGAAGCCACAGGACACCGUUUCCACAAAGAUUGACUUCUUUGGAAAUGAACUAUCUGCCGAUGACGAAACACUCUUCGCCCUGCAACAAACGUCCAUAGAUGAGCCCAUGUUUGCCUCCAUGAUGACAGCAUGCCUUUUGAAAGUGGUGGAAGUUCUGGAGAGGCAGUACCAACGAUACUUUGACAUCGAUGUUACUGAUGAACUCAGGAAGGAGACAGAGUCAGCACGCUGCCAUAAUAUUGAUGCAGAAGAAGUCAUGGGAAUGUUUGGUGCUGCUAAGGAACAUGCACCAAAUGCUACCAUGUGCUACCUCUCCUCCAGAAUCCGGGCACAAAAAAACAAAGUCGUCAACUACCUUGACAACCUAGAAAUGGAAAAAAUAUAUAAUUUAGUAAAACUGGCAAUUUCAUUGGGGAGGAAACAACGGCAAAACAAUCGUGAACGGUGUAACCAGAUUAAAGGGGAGAUUUCGAGUAGGUUAGCAGUAAAAUUACAAAAAAAGAAAACUUACCAAAGAAACAAACUUGAAAAAACCCUGAAAAACAAUGAUUUGGACAUUUCUUUAGAAUUUCCCCGAGUUAGAUGAGAGUCUUCAGCAGCAGGUUAGGGACGUCUUAGAUGGUAGGGUCAUUGGACACACAAUACGUCAUGUUUGGUAUGACGACAGCUCGCAAGCCAAGACUGUGUAUAAUGGGAAGAUUGAAAAGCUCCUAAAGAAAGCAGGUGGAACAUACAUUGUGGGGUACUAGAUUGACGAAGAAACUUACCAGAAUGAUGCAGUCGAUUAUGACAUUUCGAAGUACGCCCUUGCUGUGGAUCUGCUGUGUGAGGAUUUGACGGUAUCAUAAAACUAAAGAUGCAGCUUAUGUAAAUAUUGUCCGAAGCCAACCAUAACAGAAUGACAUGUGCUGCCCACCUUGCCAGCGUUCAAUUGACGCGGACCCCCAACCCGAUUGAUCGCAGGUGGGAUGGGAAGCCGUAACACACCUACUGGGCUCCUGAUAUACAUAGUUUUUAAUCAUUAAAAUUAGAAAAAUUAUCAAAACCCCUUUAAUCUGGUUACAAAACCGCAUAUAUAAGUUCAGUCCGGACGUGGUAAUUAUAUAUUAUUUCUGCUCUGUGUAUAACCUUGAUGUGAUUGAUGUGACUUUAAAUAUUUUAAUACUGUAUUAUACCAAUAUUAUUUAGACGGUGCUGCCGGUCAUGUGACGCAGUAAACUGUAGGCUCACUGUCUAAAUAAUUAUUAAAGCUUAGCCAGUCAUCCUAGAAGACCUAGGGAUUUGACGGUAUCAUAAAACUAAAGAUGCAGCUUAUGUAAAUAUUGUCCGAAGCCAACCAUAACAGAAUGACAUGUGCUGCCCGCCUUGCCAGCGUUCAAUUGACACGGACCCCCAACCCGAUUGAUCGCAGGUGGGAUGGGAAGCCGUAACACACCUACUGGGCUCCUGAUAUACAUAGUUUUUUAAUCAUUAAAAUUAGAAAAAUGAUCAAAACCCCUUUAAUCUGGUUACAAAACCGCAUAUAUAAGUUCAGUCCGGACAUGGUAAUUAUAUAUUAUUUCUACUGUGUAUAACCUUGAUGUGAUUGAUGUGACUUUAAAUAUUUUAAUACUGUAUUAUACCAAUAUUAUUU